AUGCUAAUUCGUUCUCGUCUCAAUGACCAGCCCCCCAAAGCCAAGGCCGGUUCCCGCAAGAAGCCCGCACCCGCUCCAGGUGCUGCUGCCAAAGCCGCAAAAACCACAAAAAACCCUCUCUUCGAGGCCAAGCCCAAGAACUUUGGCAUCGGUCAACACAUUCGUCCUAAGACCGAUCUCACUCGCUUCGUCAAGUGGCCCGAGUAUAUCCGCCUUCAACGCCAGAAGGUCAUUCUCUCUCAGCGCUUGAAGGUCCCUCCUGCUAUUGCCCAGUUCUCCCAUACUCUGGACAAGAACACUGCUACACAGCUCUUCAAGCUCCUCAACAAGUACCGCCCAGAGAGCAAGGUCGAGAAGAAGGAGCGUCUCGAGGCUCUAGCCAAAGCUGCCACUGAAGCAAAGGAGCCUGCAAAGGACAAGAAACCUCUUUUCGUUAAAUACGGUUUGAACCACUGUGUCGCCCUCAUUGAGGCAAAGAAGGCGUCCCUUGUCAUUAUUGCCCAUGACGUCGACCCCAUUGAGUUGGUCGUCUUCCUUCCCGCACUUUGUCGCAAGAUGGGUGUUCCCUAUGUCAUCGUCAAGGGCAAAGCCCGUCUCGGCACUGUCGUCCACAAGAAGACUGCCGCCGUCCUCACCCUCCAAGAUGUCAACAGCGAGGAUCAGCGCGAGCUCGCGACCCUCGUCAGCGCCGCCAAGGCCAACUUCACUGACAAGUACGAGGAUCAACGCCGUCACUGGGGUGGUGGUCUCCGUGGAAACAAGUCCACUCAAAUGAUGCGCAAGCGUGCAAAGGCUGCUGGUCAAGACUCCAAGGCUGCUGCUCUUGGCAAGCUGUAA